GCCGGCCUCGCCAUCUAUCGCAGAGCCCUGGAAGACCCAGAAGUGACGCACAUAACCCUCCUCACGCGCCGACCCGUCCCCGACUGGGCCGUACUACCUCUCAACGCCUCGUCCAAAACGACCACGAUCAUCCACACCGACUUCCUCUCGUACCCCGCUGGACUUGCCAAGCAGCUCGCGGAGAACGAUGCAUGCAUAUGGGCGCUGGGGAGGAGCGCCGUGGGCAUGACUGAGGAGGAGUACACCGCGACGACCUAUACAAACGUCAUGAACGCCGCGCGGGCAGUGAAGGACGCUGGUGUGGGCGAGGGGCGGCCGGUGGACAAGCCGUUCAGGAUUGUGUACAUCAGCGGGGAGGGUGCGGAUCCGAGCCAGAAAAGCUGGCAGAUGUGGGCGAACGUCAAGGGCCGCACGGAGAAGGACUUGACAGAGUUCUGCAACAGCACGCCGGGGAUGAAGGCACGCAUAUACCGACCUGGCUACUUCUUCCCGUCCAAGAUGUAUCCAGAGGACCGGAAGCACCAGCGUUCUGCGACCAUGGGCAGGGUCGACAACGUCAUGACCCCGGCAAUCAAGUGCCUGGUACCCUCCACGUACACCCCAACGGAGGAGCUGGGCACGUUCGCGGUCGAGCUGGCGAAGGGCCGCUGGCCGGACAAGGAUUUUUACCGCAAUGCGGAUAUGCGGAAGCUGGUGACGGAGGUGAAGUGA